GCAAGGGAGGGAGAGAAGGGGGGUAACGUAGAGUGAUGGGACCCGACUGAGGAAACAGCAGCGAGCGAUCACUCUCUGAGCUGGUAAUGAAAGGGUUCGGUCUAUUGGAAUUAUGGCUGAAAGGCUUCAUGCCAUGUCUGUCCGUGUCCAUUCUGCAGACAGGUGUGAAGGAUGACGUCGUGCUCAGAGAUCUGUGGGUCGGAAUACAGCGAGCAGGUUCAAUCUGGCAGAAACUGCCAACAGUACGGAGUCCGCUCCUACCUCCACCAGUUCUAUGAGGAGUGCACAGGUUCUAUCUGGGAACGUGAUGAAGAUUUUCAGAUUCAGAGAUCGCCAAGCAGGUGGAGCUCUUUACUCUGGAAGGUCUGUCUCACGUUUGGAACACUGAUCCUUGUUACAGGUCUUAUUGUUGUUUUGGUGGGUUACGCAACACCGACCAUGACUGAAGCAUUUGGUGAAGAUGAUCUCCUCUUUGUUGACAGCUACGCUGUCCGUUUCAACCGUGCACUGGAUGUCUGCAAACUGACCGGUGCGGUGCUGUUCUGUGUGGGCGGCACCUCCAUGGCUGUGGGUAUUCUGCUGUCUGCCUUUGCCAAAAGCUACUCCAAAGACGAACUGUACCUGCAGCACAAAUUUAAGGAGCGGUUAGCAGAUCUCCAUGCUACAGUUGGUCCAUCAAUAAUGAGAGCACCAACUCCUGGGGAGGGGAAGGUGCCUGUAACGCUCUCCAAAGUUCAGAACAUACAACCUGUGGCCACGAAAGGCGAGACCUGAUCUGCGCCCCAAUAAAGAAAGACACAAAGUGAAAUAGGACUAAAAUGGAAUGUGUAUGAUUGAGGGCACAUGUGAGUGUUCAUCUUAAUUAACAGUUUAUCUUUAAAAAGAAAAAAAAGGCCAGCUUAAGCGGCUGCUAGGUCUUUUCUUUUUGGUUGUCAUUUUUAAUAGCUUCAUUGACACAACUGACUACUGUAUGAUGUCAUCAUUCAAUCCAUUGCGAUAAAAACUCACUGAGCAGUGACAAGGCUUUGCAGGAAAAGAAUCUGAGGAGGAAAUUAAAAAGCAGGAUUCAGUCAAGAAGAACAUAGAAUUGUUUUUGACAGCGAUAAACAUCUUUGUAAAUGACAGAAGAUGUUAAUGAGAAAGAGGAGCUGAAUAGAGCAGCUCAGUUAUUCCGAUGCGCAUCAUGAAAAAGCUAAAAUUGAUUUUGAACAUGGUAAUUACUGUGACGCUAUUUUAGACCGCGAGUGCUACUUUUUGGUGCUAUUUGUCAACAAGCCAGAGAUAUGCCAUUUUAGACCGCCAGAGAAAAAGUGCAAAUAUAAUUUUUGGCAAAAAAGACCCAUUGUGAAAGAAUUCGCAGGCAAAACAUUGACAUUUUCUUAUUGCUUGUUACUCCUCUAACCUUGUUUCUUCAAUAAGCCUUCUGACAGGAUCAAUAGACUGAGCUUAGAUGCAGAGAAACAAUCUAUAUCACACAAACACAAAAACACAACGAACAGAAUGCUUCCAGUCUCAUUUCUUAAAAAUAUGAACUGUUGAUCCGUCCCUCCCCUCUAACCUCCCUUUCUUUAUUACUAUUUGAAAUGUAAGCAUAUAAAAACAUGUAUCCAUGAAAGUCAUAACCCAUUUUACAUCGUUUUGCCUCUAUCUGUCCAGUUUAGUUCUAUUUUUAAAGACUAAAAAUAAAACAAGUACUUGCAGUGAGACAAACACAACAAACAGGUUGCAUAACAGACAGAUAGCUCACAGGGACAUAAUAAUCUUGCUGAUGAGCAACAACAUCACAUUUGACAGCUAUAAUGGAAGACCGGCUGUGAUUCAUAGAUGCCCAAUAACAUUGUCACUUACAAAAAUUGAAAUUAUACUGUCACGUCCAGCUGAACCUGAUCACAUACGAUGCAAGAAAAGUAACAUAUUAUUUAAUUAGGAUGGAUUUUAAUCUAUUUGCUGUAUAUGAGACUUAAUGUUAUGAGUGUUUUUGUUUUUAUUAGGUCAUUCAGGUUAGUCUUUCAUGCCUGACUGGGUUUUAUAAGCACAGUUUGUGCAAAUUAACUUUUUUCUUUGCUGCUUACAACCUUGGGUCAAUGUAAAUAUAUUCCCAAAUUGUGAUCCUCCCCUUUUUAAGUCGUUUCUGUUAUUGUUGCGGUUACUGUUUUGGUUUGAUUUAUUGAAUUACAGAGGAAAUGACUAAUAGGGCAGAUUGUUUGCACUGCACCUCAUCAGAACAAUGCCAGAAGAGAACAUCGUAUCAAGCUCAUUUACACUGUCAGGCUGCGAAAUAAAUGCAGCAGCACUUCCGGGUAUUAUCAGCAUCAAAUGAUCAACUUCUUUGUUGGUCACAUAUAUUCAUGUAAAUUGACCUCUGAUGAUCAUUUAUACAACCUGGGGUCUUUCUACAAAGUGCAACAAAAUUAAUUUUAAACUAUUUGGUUCAAAUCAUACAUGUUGGUAUUAAUAAAAUAUAUGUAGCACAUUCAUGAGGCUUAACACAGAGCAGAAUCAGAGCUGUUAAAGAAAAUGUGGUAUGAAACCUCCAGUAUGGUCAAAAUCUUAGUAACUGAUCAGUGAUUGUGCUGAUUAUGAACUGCUGUACUGUUGUAUUAAAAAACACAAUUUUUUAUUUUUUUAUUUAUUUAUUUUUAUUUUAUUCUGAACUUUUUACUUCUAUCUGACUUGCUCUAUUCUUAUGCGUCUAUAUAGAUGUAAGAGUCCCUCAUCCCAGUCAGUAAUAAAAGUGUCAUCUUUUGGAUUGAAACAAGAUAUAUCACUGUAUCUACAGUAUGCUUCUUUUUCAAAGGACACAAUAAAAAUCACAUGGUCGCAGCUCAUAUAAAGUGUGAUUUGAUGUUCUGCUUUGCAACUGCAAGUGUCUCACUAAACAAGAAUAUCCUCAAAAAGGUUGUUUAUUUCAGUUGUUACAUUUUUUAAAAAGUUAUGCAAAUUUAUUGUACGCAGAUUGAAACACAUCAGAGCCUUUUCACUCAGAGCUGUGUCCUAGAAUGUUAACACAAAGUUGAGUGGAAGGCAAAAAGUGGAAGCAAAGGUGGCUAAGCAACAGUGAUCAAUGCAGUGUUUGGAGGAUUAUAAACAAAGGCCAUUCAAGAGUGCUGGACAAUUUUUCAAACCAUGUCAAAAUAAACAGCUUAAUCCAGCAUAUGCCCUACAGCUGUCAUAUUCUUGAAAGAAGAACUAAAAAAGGGCUUCAGGUGAGAAUGUGUUAUGGCGAAUACUCAAACUUUAUACUUUGGCAAGUUAAAUGGCACCCAUAUACCUCUAAGUUGGGAUGUACAAUAAUAAUAA